AUGCAUCUCCUCGUCUUGGGAGCAACAGGUAUUUAUUAUCCAUCAAAUCAACACCCCAAAAGAGAAACCUCUCACACAAUCUUCCCCUCACAGGUCCCUCCGGCCUCGCAUUCCUCAAAGAAGCCCUCCACGCCGACCACAACCUUACCAUCUACGCACGGAAUCCCUCCAAACUGCCCCGAAACAUCGCCAACAACCCCAAUGUGCAAAUCAUCCAGGGGACUUUUGACGAUGUGGCAGCCGUGAGGAGAUCCCUGCGCACGGGCGCCACGGUUCUUGUAUCAUUUGCUGGUCCCAAAUUACCUGAUCGAGGGACUGUGAGUCCAAGUCCAAAAACCCCCCAGCCUCAACAUCCAUUGCAGCAGCAGAUGAUGAUGAUGAUGCUAAUGAUGAACGCCAAGCCCGUCUCCGAAUUCUACGAAAAGACGCUCUUCCCCAUGAUCCAGAACGACACGGAAACAUCCCUCAAGCGGUGCUUAUGCUGCAGCACGCCUUCGUUCCGAUGGCGAGAAGACCGGAGAUCUCUGAAAUGGUGGUUCCUCGUCCUCGGGGUGAAGCUGCUGGGCGGGAGUGCGUAUGACGAAGUCAAUGGGAUCGGGAGGGUGGUUUCGCGGCUUUCGGAUGGGAUGGAAUGGACUGUUUUCCGGUAA